GUGACAAGCCCCGGACAGAUGUCGGCGACGAUAGGGCAUCACUUCGCUCACCCAACAAAUCACUUUUGGAAAUGUCUCUAUGGCUCUCAGCUUACGGACAGGCUGCUGAACCCACGGGAGGAUGGCACUCUUCCAAAGAGUUAUAGCUUGGGCUUGACAAAUCUGGUCGAGCGGCCGAGUGCGCAGGCCGCCGAGCUCGCAAACACUGAGUUCACCGCGGGGGUACCUGCGCUCUUCCAGAAGAUCAUCCAGAGACGUCCUCGCAUCGUCUGUUUUGUUGGCAAGGGCAUUUGGGACAGCUUCAUCCUCAAGCGCACGGUCUCUCGGAAAGCAAAGGCAGAGCCUUUCGUGUAUGACCUGCAGCCAUACAAAGUCAUCCAUACUGCACCCGAUGCGACAGUGCACGAGACACUCUUCUCCGUCGUUGUUAGCACGUCGGGACUCGUCGCGGGAUAUCAGCUUCCGGAGAAGAUCAAGCAGUUCUCCGCGCUCAAGAAGCGCGUGGACGAGCUCAGAAGUGGUACUUUGGACACGUCCUCGAUGACAGUCCUACCAAUUCCGAAGGCACUCUUGAAUUGA